GGUCAGGUAUAGACACCCAUUCACAGCAUAUUCUUUAUUUGUAUUAAAUAAGACAUAUAUUUUAAUAGUUUAAAAUAGUUUAAUGUAUGUUAUCUUCCAUAAAGUGCAUUUUCUCGUUAAAAAAUUGCAUUUAACUAGGAAAAACACUCAGCUCGUGGGCUAAUUGAUAAGCUAGCAAAGUUCACGACAAACGUUAGCUGCUUUUCCCCGUUCGCUGUAUGCCAGGCAGCCGGAAGCAGAGGAAGAAGUGGGUGAAAGUGAAACUGCAGAUCCGCGAGGAGGAGGAAGAGGAUAUUGCAUCUGGCUCUGUGGCAGCACACACCCCACACUCCUCCACAGAGAUGCAUCCCGACGCCAGGGACCACUUCUCUUCUCUGGAGUCACCCCGGCUUUGAAACAUGGUGCAGAAAUCCCUCAACGGCGGGGUUUACCCAACUCAAGCCGGGGAGAGGAAGCACAAAGUCGGCUUCGUGGGUCUGGAGCCCCCCGGUGGUCCCGAGUCCAGCCGGGACGGGGCUCUGCUGAUUGCGGGCGCGGAGAGCAGCACCAAGCGGGGCGGCAGCAUCCUGUGCAGACCCAGAGGCAGCAUCUCCGCCAGACCCCCCAAGAAAAAUGCCAGCUAUCGCAAACUGCAGAAUUUUCUCUACAAUGCGCUGGAGAGACCUCGGGGAUGGGCGUUCAUCUACCAUGCUUAUGUCUUCCUCUUGGUCUUUUCCUGUCUCAUUCUCUCCGUCUUUGCCACCAUUAGAGAGUUCAAAAAUAGCUCAGAGAGUGCUUUGUACAUCCUGGAAAUCGUGACCAUUGUGGUGUUUGGAGUGGAGUACAUUGUGCGAAUAUGGGCGGCCGGUUGCUGCUCUCGAUACAGAGGAUGGAGAGGGAGGCUGAAAUUUGCCCGGAAGCCUUUUUGCGUCAUAGACAUGAUGGUGCUGGUUGCCUCGGUGUCUGUGCUGGCGGCCGGAUCGCAAGGCAAUGUUUUUGCAACGUCAGCCAUCAGAAGUCUGAGAUUUCUGCAGAUCCUCCGCAUGCUGCGUAUGGAUCGCCGCGGCGGGACUUGGAAGCUACUCGGUUCGGUCGUGUACGCCCACAGCAAGGAGCUCAUCACGGCAUGGUACAUUGGCUUCCUGUGUCUUAUCCUAGCUUCAUUCCUGGUCUACUCUGUGGAGAAGGAGUCUAACAAAGAGUUUGAAACCUACGCUGACGCCCUUUGGUGGGGACUGAUAACUCUUACCACAAUUGGCUAUGGAGAUAAGGUCCCCAAAACGUGGAAUGGACGCUUAUUGGCGGCCACCUUCAGCAUGAUCGGCGUGGCCUUCUUUGCACUUCCUGCUGGCAUCCUUGGUUCUGGUUUUGCCCUCAAAGUCCAAGAGCAACACAGGCAGAAGCAUUUCGAAAAGAGACGUAACCCUGCAGCAAGCCUGAUCCAGGCUGCUUGGAGGUUUUAUGCAACCAACCUGUCCCGCACGGAUUUGAUAUCUACUUGGGAUUUCUAUGAGCAGACCGUCGCUAUGCCAAUGUACAGAAUAAUUCCACCUCUGAAUCAAUUGGACCUGCUGAGGAAUCUGAAAGGGAAGUCCUUCAGGAAGGAUUCCCAAACAGAAAGCUCUCCCAGUAAUGAGAAUGCACACAAUGACAGACUUUGCGGGUGCUGUCCAACAACUUUUAGUCGGAAGGCAAGCUUGAAGGACAAGGUGUUCCCCAGUCCUUCCAAGGCUCCUUUGGCCAAAGGGAGAGACCAGUCUCCUGGUCCGGAAGAUGGCGCUGAAGUCAGCCCUGGCAAGGUCUCCAAGAGCUGGAGCUUUACAGAGAAGAACAGAGGAGGGCCCAAGCAUGCUUUCAGAGUCCGGGGCAGCGCCUCACGGCAGAACUCUGAGGCAAUUGAAGGUUUAAUAAGACGUCCUUGUCUUUGCACUGCAGAGGCCAGCUUCCCAGGAGAGGACAUUGGCGACGACAAAAGUUGCCACUGUGAGUUUCUCACUCAGGAACUACCGCCAGGCUUGAGGGUUGCCAUACGAGCAAUAUGCAUCAUGAAGUUCAUGGUGUCCAAGAGGAGGUUCAAGGAGAGCCUCCGACCAUACGAUGUCAUGGAUGUGAUCGAGCAGUAUUCUGCAGGACAUCUGGACAUGCUGACCCGUAUUAAGAACCUGCAAUCCAGAGUUGACCAGAUCGUGGGUAAAGGUCCUAAAGGGGAAGCCGACGCUACAGAGGACCAAAGCAUGAUGGGACGUUUAGUCAAAGUCGAGAAGCAGGUGGUCUGCAUGGACAGAAAGGUGGAUUUUCUGGUCCAUGCGUAUAUUCAACGUAUGGGCAUCCCUCGUUCCGAGACGGAGGCGUUUUUUAAUUCCAAGGAACCGUACCCGGCCCCGCCUUACCACAGCCCGGAGCACACCAAGGAGGAAAAGGAGGAGGUCGUCGAGGCCGAAAAGGAAGUCAACGCGUGCUCAGGCAUCGCUGAAAUCCAGUCUUCCACCGAGCGUAAAGACGUUUUAUCGGACGCGUCGGCGUCAGCGGCGACGCCGUCGGGCAGUCGUCCGUCUACCUCGUGGCAGCACCAGCUCCAGCACCCAGUCAGCCAGCCGGCCUGGAGCAGCAGCUUAGCCAACACCCCCGAUUCCCCGCCUCUGUUCCGUCUCCCGCCUCCGCCGGCUCCGCUCCAUGACCGCUCAAGUCAGGAUAGCGGAUCCCUGAGCAGGAGACGCCACCGCAGGCAGAGGCGGCGUCCGCGGGAGGGCGCCAAUGCAGAAAGCGACACGUCUCUUUCCAUCCCGUCGGUGGACCACGAGGAACUGGAACGUUCCUUCAGCGGAUUCAGCAUCUCUCAGGCAAAAGAGGACUUUUUUGGGCCCUCUUUUUUUGCAGGCGGUGGCACAGAUUGCGGACCCGCAGCGGGAUCUGACCCUGGAGCCCCGCCUCCGUUAUGUGCCAAGGUGAGACCUUUCCUAGCAGAGGGCGAAUCCGACACAGACUCCGACCUCUACGCUCCCUCGCCUCUGUCCUUCACCGGUGAGGCCUCCUGUGGGGAGAGAGGAUGGCCUGGACACAAGUAGCUCCGCCCAUUGCUUCUGGUUAUGUGACCUUCAAGACAAUGUGAGUGAAGGGCAAAGAAUAUAAAGAGAUGUGUUUUGAUUAGGGAUGUCUGAGAUUGGCUUUUUGGACGAACUCUCAAUAUCGAGAAUAGAGUCGGACGAACUCUCGAUUAUCGGUUUUCAUGAUUGGAAAAAAAUUCCGAUAUCGAUAUUGCAUUUUUAUGCAAAUAUCGGACCGCUAAUUAUCCCUAGUUUUGAUGUAUUUCUUUGUGAAAACAAAAACAAACCAUUUCCACGUUAUGUAAACCAGGAAGUAGCCUGCUAGCAAAAAAAAAAAGGGACACAAAUGCUGUAAUUAUUUGACUUUAAUUAGACAAAUGUAUUAAACCAUGUUGGCUAUUUCAGUCAAGAGGUACUUCCUGUUUGUUAACCAGGAAGUAGAACCGAACAAACACUAAUUUAUUUAUGCUAAUUUGAGUCACUAAAACCCAUUUCCUUUAGGCUGAAAUUGAAAAAAUAGAGCAGUCCAAAAUACUACAUAUGUAUACAAGGAAGUACAUAGCCUACUAGUAGCCUACUAGUCUCUUUUGUUUAAUUUUUUUUUCAAAUUUUAAUCACAAAAAAAAGCUAGCCAAAAUUUCAGUCUCAAAAAACAUUCCGCUUAUGUUUUUUUAAUACUAUCUCGACACCGUACAUCAACGAGGGAGUAGCCCGCUAGCUAAAAAAAAAAAAAGAGAGACAGUGAAACAUACAGCAAUAUGUGAUUAUGGAAUUUAUUUUAUUCUAAGUAGCUUGAGUCACGAUAGAAAACUUUCACCCAGCUUGCUAGCAACAAAUAAAAACAAGUAACACACGGUAAUUAAAUCACUCUAGUUGGACGAGGCAGCACGGUGGAUUAGCGGUUAGCAAGACAGUGAAACCCAAAUAUGAUGCUGAAGGAUUUUUUUCAAAGUUUUCUUUUUUUUUGUUGCUAAUUUAAGUGACAAAAAGCACGGUACGGCCCCCAUAUGUCAAUCAUUAUUAAAUAGCAAGUAUCCUGAAAGCUGAAAAAAAUUAAAUAAUAAAUUAAACGCAAGUAUGGCACCGGGCAAUUGAUUCACUUUCAUUAGAGGAAUUAAUUUUCUUUUUUUUGCCGAUUUGAGUUACAAAAAUGUUCCCAUUGUGCUAUAGAAAAAAAAGAAAAAAAUGUUUUCAUGAUUGGAAAAAAUUCCGAUACCAAUAUUGAAUUUUUAUGCUGAUAUCAGGCCGCUAAGUAUCCUUAGUUUUGAUGUAUUUUUUGAUUGUGCUAUAGGAAAAAAAAAGUUCUGUAAUAUGCCAUUGUUUAUAAACCAGGAAGUAGCCUAACUUGGAAAAAACAUUCACAAUUACGCAAUUGUUUUACUUUUACAUUAUUUUUUUCUUUUUUUACUCAUUUAAGUGAUGAAAAAUGUCCCCUUUGUGCUAAAAUAACAAAAAUGGUCUUCAUACAAUAACUUCAUACAUGACUUUCCAAACACAAAACAUGAUUAUUAUACAUGCUAUUAGUAAAUGAUAAGGUUAGUAAACAUAGGUUAGAAACUAGAAACAUAAAUAUAUGACACAAGAACUCCCCAAGAUAUUUUAAUGAGGUAGUGAAGCCCCUGCAUGGCAUGGUUAAAAAAAAAAUUAUAAUAAUAACUUGGCCUCAUAAAUUCCUGUUUAGGAAAUAAGUGCAUUAAGUUGUCAGUCAGUUGUGAGUCCAUGGUUGUAGCACUAAACGCAUGGGAUGUUAAAGGGGACAAAGCAUGAUCUUGUUACUGUAAAACUAACCCCAAUCAUCACACGGUAACACUUUUAACACCAGGGACACCCAUUAGACAAUUCUCAUUGGUCGUAGCUGCAGACCCCCCAGGCAUGUUCACACACGCUCAUGUAAGUGCACCGUCCUGUUCUGUUAAUAAACGUUUUUGUACAUGCUAAAUGUCAUGUGUUUGUGUCUCAUUAUAAGGCUAUGCUAAACCCAACACAGAUGGUAACCAAUAAGGAUCGACCCAUACAGGCGGCGGGAAUGGGGGGGUGGUGGAUGCGUCUCACUGCAGAGGAGCAGUCAUCACAUCGAUGCUAAAUACGACAGAAAUGUUUAGCACAUGGUUGAAUAUUUAUUCCUUUUAAAGUUGAUGAU